UUACCGGUGCACAGCAGCUGCGUAGUAUAAAUAGUCGUCCGAAGAAAGCAAAAGUUAGCCAUUUCUUACGCAGACAUCGCCAUCCACUUUUUAUCGCAUCGAGUCCAUGUAAAGAAAGUUGCAAUCUACCAUGAACACUUUUACGAAGAAUGUUCCAAACAUGUACACGCAGAUUGUUGUCCUUGUUAUCGUCUUUGUGGUAAUUGGCACGUUCGCCAAUCCUGUGGCACCUGUGGCUGCUGAUGGUCAGGUUGGUGAUUCACACGAUCUUGAAACAGCAGAACAUUUACUGGAAAUCAUUGAAAAGAAAAUAGCCAAGCUCUACAAGAAAUGCUUGAAACAUGGAGGCUGCCAACCAUCCUAUGGAUACUCAAAUUAUGGUCAUUCAGCAGGUUACGGUUAUGGAUCGAGUUAUGGCCAUCACUCGGGCUAUGAUAGCUAUGGAAGUGGAAGUCCUGUAUAUUAUUGAUGGAAACCAUUUGCUUUUCGCCAUCCUGAUCUAUGGGGAUCCUUCAUUCAAAAUUAUUGUUUGGCAUUGUAAUAUUUAUUUCCCGUGUUUCUAUCUAACUGGUAAUUAUUUAUUUGACAUGCAAGAUGCAAUACUUUUCUGUGAAAGUGUAAAUGCAUUGCAGAGAAAUUUCAAGCAGACAUUUUUUAAAAUUUCAAUGCACAGCUGACUAAAACGAGCGACAACAGUGUGAGCGAAUGCCAUUUUGGAUGUAAACAAUGACGUGUUUUUCAAGCGUACCAAGUAAUCUACGAUUUAACAGCGUCAAAAACAAUAAAUGUAUGCCCAAAUCA